CUCUCUAAGCGUAUGGGGGGUGUUCCCCACCCACAGCCCUGGCCCUCUCUACCCCUCCCCCAUCUUGACCCCCUCCCUCCAGCCACUAGGACCCAUCUCCCUCCUCCUUUCCCAGUCUUCCACACUCGUCAUGCUGAGCAGAGUGCCGAGCGACCACGCUUGGUCACUGUGGUCCGACCAUGCGGUCACAGCACCCUCAGGAAGGUGACAUUGCUGUUGAACCGUAGGAGUGUGGUCUCGUACGAGCAGCUUCUAUCUGACAUCUCCGAGGCGCUGGGGUUACCUCGCUGGCACAGGGCCAGAGUCACACGCCUCUACACACCUCACGCACGAGAGGUGCGGGGUGUGUGUGAUUUCUUCCGUGGCGAAGCAGCGUUCCUGGCAUUGGGAAAGUCUCGUCCAGAGCUCCGGAGCGUCGAGGAGGCCCUGGAGGAGCUGUUUCCACAACAUUCCUGUUACCGCAACGACGCACUCCAGGCCUGGGAGAGGAGGUUACGACCUUCACCUGAUAAAGCUGCCAAGGCCGACAGCGGAUACAGCGAGGGGACAGACAUACACACACACACCGACAAGGACACACACACAAGCCUCGACACGAACACACAGAACACACUGACACACCCAAACAGGCAUCCCACACACAAAAACGAACACCCAACCAGACAGUCCAUACACCCUAUUCACACACACUUGGACACGGAUGCACACACACACCCUAACAAACAUUCUAACCGACACUCCACACAUCCCUCUCACCCCACCAAUCACCUUCAGAGGGUCAUAGUGAAAGCUGGAGCCAGAAAGAUUAUCUCCUCACCGAUAGGUCCACUCACCCAGGAGGAGGAGCUAGGAGAGGAGCUAGACACGCCCCCUCCUCCACGCUGCAGGAACUGUAAGCCCUCUGAAGGACCCAAUCUGAGAGCAGGGAGAGCUCCAUUUCCUCCCGUAACAAGGAAGCAAACAGGAAACAGACCAAAUGACCAGGAAGUAGAGAAACCUCACGUCGGUCCCACCCCACGCCACACUGGACCAAUCUGCAGGUUUGAGCAGGAGUCCCUCAGCCAAUCAGAACGUUCAUCCUCAGAUUCUAAACAGGAAGAGGCGAGGACUAAACAGGAAGUGAUAUUUGACCUCCCAUCUAAUGGUAGUGAUGUCACCCUGUCGGACAUCGAGCGUUGCUAUGACAUUGGCCGCAUGGUUGGAGACGGGAACUUUGCGGUUGUGCACGAGUGUCGUCGGCGCGACAAUGGGGAAGCCUUCGCUGUGAAGAUUGUGGAGCACUCAAAGCUCAUUGGCCGAGAGCACAUGAUGCAGAAUGAGCUGAGCCUUCUGGGUAGCCUGUCACACCCCCGCGUGGUUCGCCUCUUCACACACCACCACACACACACACACUCCUAUCUCGUCAUGGAGAUGGUUACCGGGGGCGACCUGUUUGAGGCAAUCGCGGAGCGUCGGAAGUUUCCAGAAGAGGAGGCGGGGCUGAUGGUGUGUGAUGUCAGCGAGGCUCUGAAAUACAUCCACAGCAAGACCAUAGUACACAGAGAUCUGAAACCUGAAAACCUACUGGUGGAGUGCAGUAGUGAUGGUGUCAGUAGGUUGAAGCUGGGUGAUUUUGGUCUGGCCAUGGUUGUAACAGAACCCAUCUUCACUGUGUGUGGAACUCCCACCUAUGUCGCCCCGGAGAUCCUCUUAGAGACAGGGUAUGGUCUGCCAGUAGACAUGUGGGCGUUGGGGGUGAUACUGUACAUCCUGCUCUGUGGGUUCCCUCCGUUCCGGAGCAGAGACCGAGACCAAGGGAAGCUGUUCCAGCUGAUCAGAGAGGCUCACCUCACCUUCCUGUCGCCUUACUGGGAUGACAUCUCAGACGGAGCGCGAGGCCUGGUGAGAGCGUUGCUGCAGGUGGAUCCAACAGAGAGACUGACGGCAGCUCAGACUCUGAAGCACCCCUGGAUUCAGACCACUACAGACCAGUACAGACCGGUACAGAUCAGUACUGACCAGUACAGACCAACACAGAUCAGUACUGAUCAGCAGAGCCCAGCACAGCCGAGCAAAGACCAACACAGACAUGAACAGAUCAGUGCAAACCAGCAGAGCCCAGCAAAGACCAGCACAGAAUACCACAGACCAGAACAGAGUCCAACCACAGACCAGUACCGACCAGCACAGACCACUACAGAACACCACAGACCAGUACAGAGUCCAACCCCUAUAGACCAACAGCGACCAGCACAACCCAGUAAAGAGCAGCACAGAUCACUACAGACCAUUAGAGAGCAUCAAAAUAAUCAACCCAACUCAACACAUCGACAGUCCCAGUCAACACAGUCAUCUACCUCAACAAGAGCACCCCUCAACUCCCACACCCAAUCCCCCCAGCACACCACCCACCCAGCCCCCUCUCCUCACUCCCCCACGCAGCAGGACCCAUCAACUCCCACACCCAAUCCCCCCAGCACACCACCCACCCAGCCCCCUCUCCUCACUCCCCCACGCAGCAGGACCCAUCAACUCCCACACCCAAUCCCCCAGCACACCACCCACCCAGCCCCCUCUCCUCACUCCCCCCACGCAGCAGGACCCAUCAACUCCCACACCCAAUCCCCCCCAGCACACCACCCACCCAGCCCCCUCUCCUCACUCCCCCCACGCAGCAGGACCCCUCAACUCCCACACCCAAUCCCCCAGCACACCACCCACCCAGCCCCCUCUCCUCACUCCCCCCACGCAGCAGGACCCCUCAACUCCCACACCCAAUCCCCCAGCACACCACCCACCCAGCCCCCCUCUCCUCACUCCCCCCACGCAGCAGGACCCCUCAACUCCCACACCCAAUCCCCCCAGCACACCACCCACCCAGCCCCCUCUCCUCACUCCCCCCACGCAGCAGGACCCAUCAACUCCCACACCCAAUCCCCCCAGCACACCACCCACCCAGCCCCCUCUCCUCACUCCCCCCACGCAGCAGGACCCAUCAACUCCCACACCCAAUCCCCCCAGCACACCACCCACCCCGCCCCCCUCUCCUCACUCCCCCCACGCAGCAGGACCCAUCAACUCCCACACCCAAUCCCCCCAGCACACCACCCACCCAGCCCCCUCUCCUCACUCCCCCACGCAGCAGGACCCAUCAACUCCCACACCCAAUCCCCCCAGCACACCACCCACCCAGCCCCCCUCCUCACUCCCCCCACGCAGCAGGACCCAUCAACUCCCACACCCAAUCCCCCCAGCACACCACCCACCCAGCCCCCUCUCCUCACUCCCCCACGCAGCAGGACCCAUCAACUCCCCCCAGCCCCCAGCCCCCAGCAGCAGCACCUCUCAACCCCCCCAUUCAAUUUCCCCACCCUCCGUCCUAUCCACAGCACCACCCAAACCCAGCUCCCACCCACCUGUCAGAACCCCUCAAUCCCCCUCCCACUCUACCCAGCCUCCCUCCCUCCACCCACCCACCCAGCCUCCCUCCCAACACCCACCCAUUCCCAGCCGCAUACCCACCCAGUCCCUGCACACCACACACCCACCAGCAGUGUACCAUCAGCAGUGUCCCACCCCGCAACAGCAGCACCCAAGCCCCACAUCCUCUCAACCCAUCCUCCUGAUUGA